AGGUGGCACAACGAUGUGCUCCUUCCCCUUUAAGGCUGGAGUUGGGCUGCGUGUGUGUGUAAGAGUAAGGGAAAGAGAGCGAGCGGCGGCGUGUCUCCUCCUCUCCGAGUGACACAGCAGUUAGAUAUGCCCUAUCAGUAACUUCAAGCCCACAAACUCCACCUCUGACUGAGGAAACUGUGGGCUGAGGGAAAUGUAGUGCGCGAAAUGAGACAGACAGUGAAUCAUUAGCAAACUGCAACGCCAGGAUGAACUUGUCGGGAACCUAAGAGGAGAGGGGAAACAAGCGCCGAGAGUCCCUCUCUCUUUCCCCACCUCCCUCCCUCCCUCCUUUCUUUUUUUUCUUUUCCUUUGAGAGCUGCUGGGUUUCGUCCAAAACAAUCAAACUGGAUGUAAAAGCUGGUGGAUCACCAGUCCAAGAUGCUUCUGGUUUCCCCGCGGGUAGAUGCACCACGCAUGGAGCCGCAUAUUCCAGGACCCAUUAAGAGAAAGGUAGAUGAUGACAGUUCUCCAACCUCUACCACCAUGCCUGAGGCCAGCUUUCCAAGCGACAGUAAGAGACUCUGUCUUGAUGAUGUCACUCUUUCCAUGGGACAAGGGGCCAAUCCUGUUUCGUGCACAGAUAUGCAGCAGUCCCCAUUCCCCACCAGCCACAGUGCAUCCUCUAUGGGAGUGGCAGGGCAUGGAAUGUUGCUUGAUAACAAUCACAUGAGUGGUAGCAGUAUAGGUUCUCCAUUUCAAGUGCCACCUAACAAUGAGGUAGCACAGAAGGGGCCAUUAGGUGGCCAUUUUGAUGAGAAAGGGGGCAGCAUGCAUGGUGUGGACCAGGAGCUGCAAGAUCUGCUGGAGGAGCUGACGAAACUGCCCGAUCCUUCUCCCAACGAGUUGGACCUUGACAACAUCUUGGAGAAAGAUCCCCUCAGUGGCCCAUGCCACCCGCAGCCGCCCGUCAGCAGCACUCCAAAGGCCUCUCCGCAGACCCCGCAAUUCGACAGCCAUGUGCCCAACAAAGACUUCUCGCAGGGGUCUCCUCAAAUGAGACCCUCGUCAGCUGGCGCAAGCUACCUGGUUCCGAACCAAAGCAAGAACAUUGGUUCACCGGUUUCUUCAAACAACGCGCCAAACAAGAGCCAGGCUCAGUCUAUGCUCCAAGGAGCUAUGCCCAGCAUGCCUGGCACUAACUGGCAUGCGCAGCAGCUAAAGCAACUGGCUGCAAGCAAGCAAGGCCCAACUGCUAAGCCUCAAGCUUCCAGUUGGCCUGCUAUGUCGUCACAAGGCCUCUCUCCUCCUUAUCAACAGGGAUCCUCCCCUCACCACCAGCCGUUCAGCCCUCAGAAUGUCAUGGUGUCUGGCAUGAGCUCUAGCAGUGUGCCAGGGAGCAGCAUUCAGAGUCCUCAGAACUCCCUGCUCUCCAGCAUAACAUCUGGUAACAACCCGCCCAGCGGUCCAUCUCCUCCUUACGGUUCCGAGAAGCUUUCCAGCCCGGUUCUCAACCAGCAGCCAUUCAGCCCGCCAAAUCCUAUCCUGACCAACAUAUCCGGCGGCAGCAUCAAAAGCCCGCAGAACAGCCUGGUGACCACAAAUACCAGGCCCUCCCCACCAUACAGGCCAGAGAAGUUGUCGAGCCCUGCCCUGCACCAGCAGCCCUUUAGCCCUCAGGGCACCAUGAUGCCAAGCACCGCCUCUACAAGCAGCUCAGCCAGCAUGCAGGGCGCUCUCUACAAACCCAUGUCAGCAACCCAGGCCAAAAACAUGGGCAUGAUGAUGCAGCAGCCCUCCAACAACAUGCAGCCGAGCUUGAUGAACGAAAGCGACCUGGGCAGCCAAGACCAAUUCUCCUUCAAUAACACCAAGCCGCUGUCCCAUUUCAGCUCUGAGCCUGCAGCUCCUCAGAAGAUGCCGUCUUUGCCUGCAGGCUCUAGGCAAACGCUCCUGCACUAUCUGCAGUCGCCGGGGCCGGUGCCCCCACCGCCACCACAAGCUGCACCCCCUCAACAGCCCCAGCAAGUUAACAGCAGCCAAGUCAUGCAGCAGCAGCUGCAACAAAUGAUGCACCCGGCUCCGGUUCAGCGGCGUGUGCAGCCAUCUCCAACACAACCUCGACAGGAACAGACUUCUGCAAUCAUUGCUAGACUUCAGGAGCCACUAGAGAUCCCACCUGCAGUCCCAGCCUCAUCCUUGGUGAAUGGCUGUAACAUAAGGAACCAUCUACUGAAGCAGCAGAUAAUGAGACGGCAGCAGCAGCAGCAGCUACAGGAAAAGCAGAGGCACGGCAUGAUGGGAGUAGCAUCUGAGCAGAGGGGUCAUUUUGUGGGGCAGCUGAUGAAUCAGUUUCCUGCCGUUUCCCAGCCCAUGCCAGCAGAUUGCACCCAGUCCAUGCCGACUCCUCCUUCAAAUCACCGCCUAAUGUCAUCUCCCCAGGCAAUGUUGCAGAGUGCCUUGGGCUCUGGGAUCACUCAGGUGUCCCCCGUGAACCAGAAUACUGGGGCAGUGGUGAUGAUUGCACACAGCCCCAACAAGCAGCCAGGAAUGUACCCACCUAAUGCCGAAUUCAGCCUCCCAAUCCGGCAAAGCCAAAAUUCCCUGGCUAUGAGUUCAGGAUGCCAAACGGUUCAUGGCCACCCUACUGUUCGGCCUGGCAUGGUGCUGGCCAGCUUUGCCUCUGGUUCCCUAGCGAACCACACUUCGCAGCAACAGCACUUGAGGCAGCCGACGAUGCCAAGAAUGGCUAAUGUCUACUCCACCUCUGCUCAGAUGUGGUCACCAAGGAUGCCAAACCAAAGCCAGAUGGAUGCCAAUAUGCAGCAGUUCUCUGGCAAUGCUGUCUUCUCGAAGCAGAAUGCAAGGCCAAAUCUCUCUGGCCCGUCGUUUACCCAGUCUGUGGCACCACCCAAUCAGAUUGCUCCUGGGGUCCAUGCCAGACAGAUGCAAAAAGCCAGUAUGGGACAAUCAGGCCAGAACUUGGGUCCUCUGAAUAACCAGAACCUGAGACCCAAUCUGACAAGAGUACCUUUGCAAGCCGCAAUGAAUGUCAUGAAGCCAAUGCCGCAAGGCGUAACCAGUUUUAACCAGCUCAGUGCUGCGCACCCAGUCGGCCCACCAACUUAUCCUGGCUCUGCCGGCCAGUCGUCAGGAUCAUUCAGCAGAAUGAGCACUGCCUCUGAGAUGCAACCCCAAUACGACUUCCUAGUCCAGCAAAACGAUGCAAUUCUGUCUGACAACUGCAGCGAGGCUGACUUUAUCGAUAAUCUCAUGAAGAAUAGCGGCGGAGGCAGCGGAAGCAGCGACGAAGAGUGGCUGAAUAAUUUGACAAUGAUAGAUGACAUUUUGGGGCAACAAAGCUCUGGACACGUGUGAUUCUUGAGGGAUGCUGAUGGGUAUGUAAAUAAUCUGUGCAGGACUAAAAAAAGAAAAAAAAGCAUUUACAAUAAUAAUAAUAAUAGAAAUCCUCCCCUUCUUAAUUAACUUGCCCAACUAACUCUUCACCUUUCUCCCAGAUUUUUCAAAUAGCGCUGUAUAUAUAGUUGAAUAUUUUUUGUAAAUUAUGUUUUCCUAAACAUUAAAUAUGGAAGUAUUUAUACUUCUUUGCUGGACUCUUUGUAAAUAUCCUAUAGACUAUUCUCUCUCUCCUCUCUCUUCUCUCUCUCUCUUCUCUCUCUUCUCUC